AAAAAUCUGCUCCAAAAAUAUAAAACAGCUGUGGGUCGAUCACCUGAUUGGUUCGUCAGGUUCAAUCUCUUUGACAGGUGGAUUAGUGAAUUCGGGUGAAUGAAAAUAAUCGAAAAAAAUAUUGAAAAUGGUGAAAUACUUGACUCGGUCAGUGUUGAACAAACAAAGAUGGCAGAUGUGUCAAAAUUACUGUAGGUACGCAUGGUCACGUCAGUGUCUCACGAUCUUUAAACCGGAGCAGUGAGUUCUAACCUUGAAUGCGGGAAAAAAAAAUCGAAGGCAUUCUGAUAAUGAAGCAAUAGUUAUUUACUUUUAUCGUAAUUGCACAUAGAGUCUGUGGAAAAUGGCGCCAACGAGAGUUAUACUCAUGUCGUGUGGAAGUUAUAAUCCACCGACACAUCUGCAUCUACGAAUGUUUGAAAUCGCCAGGGAUCACCUGCAUCGCAUGGGGACCCACGAAGUUGUCGGUGGAGUCAUAUCCCUAGUUCAUGAUAAUUACGGGAAAAAGGAAUUAGCAGGAUCAGAGCACAGGUGUGCGAUGGUAAAAUUGGCAAUUCAGAGCAGUGAGUGGAUCAAACUGAGUACAUGGGAAAUAAGGCAGAACAGUUGGACGAAGACACGACACUCGUUGCAGUACCAUCAGAAUUUACUGAAUGCCAUUCUACUGGACUCACCGGAUAUUAAAAGUCAGGUGGCCAUUGAGGACUUGGAGUGGAUUCCCGAGAAUGUGCGGAAUGGCACUGACAGAAGUCCUAUUCAAAUUAAAUUGCUCUGUGGCGCUGAUUUGUUGGAAAGUUUUGGAAAACCUGGGCUAUGGGCUGAGGAAGACAUCGAUGCAAUUCUGGGGCAUCACGGUCUGGUAGUGAUUACGAGGGAAGGCUCGAGCCCAAAUAAAUUCAUCUACGACUCAGACAUUCUCUCCACACACAUGCACAACAUCUACAUCGUAACUGAGUGGAUCCCCAACGAGGUGAGCUCCUCCCGAAUAAGACGUGCCCUGAAGCGUGGCGAGAGCAUUAGAUACCUCACCCAAGACUCAGUGAUCGAUUACAUCUAUCAGCAUGGGAUUUACGACGCCAAACUGACCUCCACGACAACUAAGUUUGAAUUAUCCCCAACCACUCCAAAUAAUUAUUUGCACAUUGAUAACAAGUACGAGACGGUAUUAUUAACACCAUCACCGAGUGAUGUGACAAUGACAACUCCAAGUCCAGUGGAAAUAAUCACUAUUGACAUUGGUGAAACAGUGAUAAAGAAGAAUCUCCACAAUUCCCCUUAUUACACAACAAAUGAUCGUAUGUACCAUAAAUUGCCGAGUGUAGUACAGGAGAAUGGUAACAAAAAUUCGUCGAUCGGUGGUAAAUCAACAUAUCCAGGCCAAGCUAAACAGAUUAUUACCACUGAGACUGGUGAAACACAUAUUUUCUAUGAGGUAGGUUCACUAAAUGACAAUGAUAGCACAAAUGUACAAAACCACGAUGAAAUUGAUCUAGCCAUUACUGUAAAUGAUGUCAAUAAUAUUAGUGAAAAAAAGCCUGAAGAAUGCCCACAAGAUAAUUGCGAAAAUCGUGAGACGUGUUAUCAAAUCGACGCUAGUGUUUCCUUUGACUCGAUCGACGAUCCGAUUCCCUCAGAGCCCUCCCAGAAAUCAGAAGAAUCGAAAAAUGAGAGUAACACAAUUAUCGAGGAGCCGACGCUGGUGAACUCGAGUAUCAGCGAGAGCAAAUUAAAAGAUCUCCCUCCAGACCCCGAGGAAGUCGUCUCAGUCCCGGAGGUAACGUCCUCCCAAGAGACGAGAGACGGUAACUCGGUCAGCCAGAUCGAUGGAAAGUACUUGAAAUCCGUGGUUAACUCUCGAAAAAGUCCUAACAGAGUGAGGAACUCCGAGCAGGUGGUGCCGAUGAUGGAGUCCGAGCUCGAGAAGAGCAUUGAGAACGACAGAACGAACUACCAGGGAAGUCUUGACUCGAUCAAUCAAAGAAAAUCAGAGACAGAGAGAAAAUCAGAGCUCGAGAGGUCUAGGACAAAGUCCAAGAGUUUUGAAUUGUUGAAGUCAGACUUUUCCCUCAAGCAAGUGCCAUUCAAAGACGAGGAUCUGAAUGAUACUGGCUCUCAAGAGAGUGCAGCGUUUGUCACAGCUAACGAGGAGCAGGAGCCCGAGGAGUUCUGCUCAGUGUGCUACAACAGGGAACAGUCAAUAAGAAAUGUUUAUCCUUUAAGAUCAACAAAUAGUUCACCAAACGUCCAAGAUUCACCAGAGUGCGAUAUCUGCAGUUCCUACAAUCUCCAGGAGAUCGGCGCACCUCCGGGAAUGCCACAGUGUGAACUCUGCGAGAUUUGUGGAGACAUCGCGAUGGAGGAGGACGUGGUGGCAUCGUCCAGGCCCGAGACCGAGGAGUCCUUGGAUCUUCGAUUACUGUCGAGCUCGAGUCAUCUUCCCCUGAGUCUGUCCCGACGAAAACUACGAUCCGGCCGGGUUCCUCUCGAUGGAAGGAUCUUCGAUAUAACCGACGACGAUCCAAACUGCCAGGAUAUCAACGAGGAGGAUGAGGACGAGAAGGAGGUGAAUGAGGCAUCCGAGAGGGAACGAGCCCCUUCAACCUCUGUCGAAGAGUUCUCCGGUGAUGACUCCACCCUAAAUGAUGUCGAGUUUGAGAUUGAAAAUUGUGGAUUGGAUGUGGAGCCCCAGGAGAUUAUAAAACCAAUUAUCGAGGAACUGCAUGAGGCUGAGGUGGAUAGUACCUGUAGGAUUAAUCGAGGGUCUUCCAUGAUCAAUAGAGCCACUGAAUCGAGGGGUGAAUCACGUAGAAGGUACAAAUCUGUGGAUAAUCUUCCCACCUCGAGAGUUAAUCAGGCAAAGGCACCAACCAAGGAGGAUAAGGCGCUCGUUGUGAGGCACAGUGGGAGAAUAAUUGGAUCUGCUGAUAAUAUUCGAGCUCCAAGGCCUUCUAGGAGUGUCAGUCUACUGCGAAAAUCAGCUGAUGACGUGGGGAGAAUUCACGAAACAGCUGAGACUGAGGAGGAGAGUGGGAGGAUCAGGAGUCAUAUGAGUGAAAAGGGGUCACGCAUACCCUCUGAUACUGUGAAAUUUAUUCUAGGGAAACAUGGUAUUAAGAUCAUAAGUGAUAAGGAGACUGCUUUAUAGCUAAGGAUCU